GCAUUUAUAAUGAGCAAUUUAUAAUGUGUAAUGUGGGUAGCGAUAGAUGUAAGUUUUUGGCAGAUAUCAUUAUUGCCAGUAAUAAAGAUUAAACAUAUCGAAGUCAGAGUACAAACCAACAAUUUAAUCAAAUUCAUGUAAUGUUUUAAGAUUGCAGUGUCAUUCAUUUCGCUCAUUCCGGAACAAUCCGGAUUGAUCUUAAAUUUAAUCAUUGAAAUUCAUCUCAGCAAUUUUCUACAUUUUAGUUCUUGUACGGGAAUACGUCACGCAUAAAAAUUAUAUUACCAUGUGUAGCGCUAUGGUUAGUAAUUCGUUCAAUCAUGUCUGAAGAAAGUAGCAACCGCAACUUCUUCAAUGAAAACAAUCAUAUCGGUCUCUUGGCGCCAGCCAGGAAGACAUGCGAAAUAUUGUAUAACGUUUAUCUCGUUCUUAUUCCACGUUAUCGUAUUGCAUUCAUUUGUACUCAUCUAAAUGGAGAUCGUAUCGUUUCUAAUUCCGACUGACGUAACAUAACGCAUGACUUCCAUCCAUUUUAAGUAUAGAUAUCGUUUGACAUCGUCUUAUUUCCUCUUUUCCACGAUUUGUAUCCGCGUUUGUUUAUCUAUCGCAUUGGUUCAUCUAUCUGGGCUAUCGAAUUGGUUCAUCUUCGGUGGCGCAUAAUUAACAGCGUUCACUGAAGUGUAUCGUAUCUGUUUAUCAAAAUGAUGAGGGCAAGCAGAACCUUCGAUUGAAUAGAGUAGAAUAUCAAUCGUAAUUAAUAAUAAUUGUAAAUGUUGUUUAGGAUAUCCAAUAUCAAUUUAUACCUUGUCGCGGGUGUAUUAUAUUUCUGCCUCGAGAUAUAUUAGAAACGGCUGUCGAAGGACGACGAUCAGUGCGUAAUCGGUACCGCAAGAUCGGUGUAACUCGAGUUUACAGCGAAAGAAUACCGGUGACAAAACCGCGGGCGUAUUCCAAACUAGUUUCUAGUUCGAUGUAAACAGGUUCAACCACGUUUGCACAUUGUUAUUCUCGUCGUACGAUCGUUUUGAUCCCGCCUAGCGCGUUUCCCUUCCACUUCAGAACAAGAAGUUACAACGAAAACACUCUUAUUGACGCAAUUUUGACGUUCUUGAUGAAGAAUGGCGAAACUCGGUAUUUUCUGUGAUAAAGUAACCGGUGAUAGCUGGUGAUGAUUAUUUUUAACUUGCGCAGUAAACCAUUCAGGCUGACAAAUUUUCUCGUCUUAGCGGCUGAUACAGAUACAGCUUGCUUGACUGAUGCAAUGAUCUUUCACUGUGACAGCGGUGACAAAUUACACAAAUUCUGUAUAUUUUAUAACAAUCAAUAACGUUGAAUAAAUUAAUUAAAUGCAUAAAAGGUAUUAAACUAAUUAAAAGAAUGAAGUUAAACAAACAAAGUUAUGAAUGACAAUCAAUAACGCUCAAUAUAAAUUAAUUAAAUACAUAAACAUUAUUAAACUAAUUAAAAGAAUGAAAUUAAACAAACAAAUGAACGCGGUUCUAAAGUUCUAUAUAAUAAUUAUAAUAAGUAUAAUGACGCAAUAUAAUAAUGAUGCAAAUCUGCAUCUGACAUCAAUUAAUAUCGGUUUCGAAAGGAGUAUUUCUGUUCGAACGAAUAAAAUCACGAUUAGCGCGCUAUUUCUAGACGCGCGUGUCUAGAGUAAUAGGAAAUUCGCAUUGGCUAAAAUUUUUUAAAGUUGUUGACUUCGUGAACCAUGGUCCAGCCGCGUGCGCAGCUUCCGCACGUUCCCCCUUUGUCACCCCUUUUUCUUCUUCGUCUUCCUCGUAUUCCACUUUGUUGUUCGCAUGUCUAAAAACGAUCGUGCCUUCGAGGCGCCUAACAUUUUUUGUAUUCGUUCGCUCCGAUAACAUGGUAGACGAUAACGUCCGGGCUAAUCCGAACCAAUAAAUGCUGAGACUUUGCACUCACCCGGCGCACACUGUCUGUUACUAUCGUUCCUUUACGGCCGGUUCACGAAUUUCACGAUCGUCGCAUAAAUCGGGAAAUUUCGAAAAAGUUUCGAUAUCCGUUGAGGCGAAAACAAACGGACGCAGAAAUAGAGUCCGCAUAGUGUUGUCUCCGAGAAGGAUUGCGAUUACAAAUUAGAACACGACAAUGUCGAUAUGUAUCGCGAUAGCGUAGAUCGAAGGACGUUUUUUCCAAGCUAAUACUUUAUGUUUCUGCCGUUCGUAAAAUUUUGAUGUUUUGUUGUCUUGCGACGGCAAGUACGUCACGUUAAAGCUCGUUAGUAAUUAGACACUUGAUUUAUCACGAAAGGUCACACAGAGAAAAAGAAAUAAAAAAAUCGAGUCGCGUCUCUGGUCGAUUGAGUCGGAUAUGUUGGACCGAAAUGUGGUGCUAGUGCUGCGCACGAGGCAGGAGAGAACCGAGAGACGCUUGAGGCACAAAAAGGAGGCCAAUCCACCGCCGAUGGAGCCGCCCGCAUUACUGUUAAACAACAAUCACCUGUACCUCGACCUUAAUAUGAAUUUUAGUGAAAAUUGCAAGCAGGAGGCAGCCAGGGCGGCUAGAAAGGUGGGUGGUUCCGCAUGCACGCAAGCCGCGAAUUCUCGUCGCGCUUUGCGCAAGCCGCGUUUGAUGAAACACUUUUACUGCCGAUUGCGAAUGGUGUCGCACACGCGACGGACGCAUCAUAAUGCGUUUUCUCACGAAAACGUUGCCCCCGCGAAUUCAUUUCUCCGGAGUGCAAGUAGACGUAAUUAUCGAGAGAUACUUUCUCCAACUUGCUUAGCUGGAACACCGUACUAUCGCAACGAGAAAAUCUGCCCUGGCGAUGGGACGUUACAAUUAGAUUAGAUGUGCAAUUCGCCACUAACUACCGGAACGUCGAUUUUACUCGUGAUGUAAUACGUUACGUCAUAUGGGAAGUAAGAAAAAGUCUCUUCCUAUUAACAUCCUGUAUGUCACGUAUAUUGUGCACGUUACAAGACGAACUUUACUGCUUCAGAAAUGACACUGUUUGAAACUUUAUUUAUGUUUUUGCAGUUGUAGCUUUUAUUUUUCUAUGUCUGUUCCUGUUUUUUGUGAUAUUUAUGAAAGAGUCACAAGGUAUUACAAAGGAAAGCUUCUCUAUUUGUCUUCGCUACCAGACAUUACUGUCGCGAAUACAAGAACGCCAUGAAUACUUGAGAUUGUUGACCAACAACACGUUCUACAACUUAUCUUCCUUAUAGGACAUUCUAUACCGUUAGUCUGUGUUCUAUAGACUUGCUGUACAACAGCCACGUGCACUUCUUUGUACGCGUUUUGUAGCAGGAAAAGGUCUAGUAAAUAUAUAAUAAUAUAUGUCCGUACAGUACAACAAGACAUAAUAAUUCUAAUAUAACUAUAGUUGUCGAUGAUCAUCGAUUUAGGAAUCACGCUUGAUGAUCUUGGCCCUGAUUGUCCAUCGUUAUUAUACUACGAAGACACGUUCGCUCAUUUCACGCACAUUAACCACGAACGAUAUUCUUAACAUUUAAUUACGGAUGCGAAGAUAUGAAUCAAUAAUUGCAGGCAGAUAAUAUAGCAAAGAAAAUGUAUCUUGUAUCUCUCAUCAUAUUCAAAUGAUUUGUUAUUAAAAUUUACAUAAAUAUUUAUUAGAAUCAAACGAAUUCGUUCUGUCAAAAAAGCUGCAUAUUCGUGCUUCUGAUGUUUCUCGCAAAGCCGUUUAAAUCUAAAAAUGAUAAUUACAAGGAAAAUGUAAUAUGCGCAGAUACGUUGCGUUUGACGCAAAAGCAGACGAAAUACAAUACAGACGACAUGCGUAAUCGCACACGGCCAAUUAAGAUUACGAGUUGAAAAGUUCAUCCUAAUCUUCGCGAAGCAUAUUACCGCAUUAUUUCUUUAUCCGCUUCUUGCGUAUCAAUGGCUGAUCCAUUAUACUCGGCUAAUUAAUUGUUAGACUGACGACACAAGGACGCGACUUAACUAGAGCAUCAAGUGCGUUCGCGAGGCGUGCAAAUUCUAUCAAACGCUUCAUAAUCACCCAAGAUUUUUGACAAGAUUUGUCUCUUUGUACUAAAAAUCGAGAUCAAAAGAGAUUAUUCUCUAUCUUUCAUCUUUUUGAUCGAAUGGAAUAAUCAAAGAACAAAAUGGUUUUUAUGAUUUCGUUCACUAGUCUUGUAUUACAAUGAAUAAUAUCUGUUGUUUCAACAAAUGUAAUAAUUAUAUUUUACGAAGGCUUUUGCAUCGUAAUUCGCUCCUGUUCGUGACUUUGCGACUUGAUGAUAAAACUCGCAAGCACAAUUUCGUUACGUAACACGCACUGCACUCUGUCGUGCGUAAGUAUUCCAAAUAGUUUGCUUAUCAUUGCGCUAUCAUGGAGUAGUGAAAUUUACGUAAUAUGCCUACUGCGCGCGAUGGUGUAGUCUGACAUCUAAAGCAACUUGAAGAGAGCAAGUUACACUUUUAUACAUCACCAGGAUCCACAUAAAUGUGCAGCGACGAUAUUAUGCAUAUACAUGUAGGUGUAUGUAUAUUCGUACAACAGACAAACGUGUGCAAGCAAGAAGAUACAUACACUUGGUUUACGUAUGUACACGUAUAUAUGUCAUGCGUACCAGACACAUACAUGCAUGCAUAUAUUCUGCAUACAUCGAGUAGAAUAUCAGACCAACACACGUAGUUAUACGUACACUGCUCAUGUAGUGGGGGAUACUUGCAUGCCCCACCCCCUCAGAUUUUUAUAUCAACAUUUAGUAUGGCUCAGGACAUCGUUGGGCUUGCCAGCUCCUUGAAUCCUCCAUAGUUCCAGCUUUCUAUUGAUAUAAAUAUAAGUUUCCUUCAUUUCUUAUCAUUAAUUAUUAACAUCAAUCAACAUCGGUUAUUACAUUUUUACAUUUACAUUUUUUCUUUGUUUUUUGAAAAACAAUAUUUUCGCGCUUCGCGAAGUGAGACUUUGAAGCGCGCGUGCUGAUUUAAUGCCCAACGCAGUGGUAUCAUCAAGAGGAGUACGAGUGCUUGUUCCAGUGAUGCUUAGUCAAAGGAUCUUACAUACAAUACAAGAAGCAUAAGAAGUAUAAGAAGAGCAAAAUACAAGAAGACAUUAUUUGAACGCCGUGUCUUUGGAAGCUACUACAUAUUCAGUCGACAUUCUAAUAAUUGGAUGAUAUUGUGUCCUCAGACAGAUAUCCUAAACUGUAGGACCAAAAAGCGAAUCCUGAUUGUAAUCUAAAUAUUCGGAUAAUUUAUAACAUUUCAAACCGUCAGUCAUCGCUGUCCAGUCACUCUUCGGCUCUCAGGUUUCUCCGUUACGUGAGAGCGUCAUUCGCGAAGAAAAAGUCAGUGUCUAAAGAGACGAGAGGAGGAAGGAAACCGAGCCAGAUUAUCCGUUCGCGGCCGAUCGAACCCGAUGCGAGCUCUUCUAAGGUUUCCACCAGUGGCUGGGAAGCCAAGCAGUGAUGCGAGAACAAAGUGAGACAGAGAAGUAGCGGGAAACGGUGGCGCGAUAAAGUGUACGAACCAAGUGUGCAGAUUGUUAUUCCUUUCUUUCUAUCCUUCUACUUUGUCCAUCUGUCGUCACUUUCCAUUAUCAUUAUUCGUUUUAUAUCCUCUCCGACUCCUCUUCAUCUUCUUCUUCUUCUUCUUCUUCGACGAAGCGAUCAUGAAUCGCAACGAGAGCACAAACGAACGCGGCAGCUCGCCCGACACAGUGAUCGCGCGUUCCUCGUCGGAGGAAGAGAAACGGAAGCCUGCUGCAGCCGAUACUUCCGGUGACUACUUCACCGGAAACUACGUUACUGUGGGCGACAGCAGCUCCAGUCUCGACACCUUGACCAGCGGCAGCGGUGGCGUUGGGAUCCUCUCUUCCAGUAUCAGCACAGACGACAGAAAAAGAGGCAAAUUCGGCGCGUUCAAGAGCAGUUUUCGCGAGGGUGGUAUAUUCAAGAUCAAGAAGAAAGCACGUGAGACCGACACAUACGUCGAGGCGGAUGCGGAACAAGAUGACAAAGAGGUAUCUCGGCAGCAAUCACAGCAGCUCGAGAACGAAAAGGAGCUGAAAUCGGCAACUGACGUGCCCUCGGACACGACCUUAAAGAAGAAGAAAAAGAAGUCGCACUCGCUCGUGCGCAAAUUGAGCUUAAACAAAUUUCGCCUGUCCUCGGAACAGCAAGAGGCGCGACGUGCCCCAGAGGGUGGCGACAGCAGUCGAUCACAGAGCCAGUCCUCGCAAGAAUCGUCUGGUCACUCGUACAGUCCGACCAGAGCUGCCGUGAAGAAGGGGCUGGGGAAUGAGGACAUCCUGGAGAGGGAAAAGGAAGCGAAGGGAGAACUUAACAAACCAGAAAUAUUAGAGCUCGAGAAACUGUCGAAGACCGUAACCGUAGUGCAACGUAAAUCACAACCGUCUUUGACCAUCAAAAGCUUCACGAAAACCGAUCAGCAGAAUAAGCCCGACACCGAACAACUUCCGCAACAAGAUAAUGCCUCGCGUUCCGAGGCGCAAUGCAGCUCGACGCUUCCGUACGCGUUGUCGAAGUGGCCGGAAAUUAGCGAAACGAAAUUUGUCCACGAUGCCGAGGUCAGAAGAAGCAAAUUGAAGACAAGAUCCGAGUCGGAUUCCUCGGCAUCGAGAUCAUCGCCCGUCGAGGUGCGCCGCAAGCUGUCAUUGUUGGAAGAAAAACGAGCGAUAUUUCAGCGUCGCUUUUUCGAUUCUUCAUCGAAAGAUACGCAAUCGGACGACACGGUGAUCGCAGUUACCGUCGCCGACGAUAAUCCAUGCACCACCGACAACAACUUUCUGGACCAGCGUGAUGAGGAGAGAAAGAGAAAAGCGCGGCAGAUCAGCGUGAGGACUUUCGACACGUUCUCCAGUUUGGAAGGAACCCUCCUCGAGGAAGCGCCAUCGGAUUACUUGGACGGUGUUGAAGAGGAUUACACGGAGAGCUACAACAGAACGGACAACAAUUACUCCCGAUUUCACGCCGCCAUGGCAGCUAUGUCGUCGUCGAAUAACACACCGAAUCUCGGAGUAGGCGAGAAACGGGAGCACUUGUACAAGAUAUUAGUAAUUGGCGAGCUCGGAGCGGGGAAAACAUCUAUCAUCAAGCGAUACGUUCAUCAAUUCUUCUCCCAGCAUUAUCGCGCAACGAUUGGCGUCGAUUUUGCGCUCAAAGUAUUGAAUUGGGAUCCUCACACUAUCAUCAGACUGCAGCUAUGGGAUAUCGCAGGUCAAGAAAGAUUUGGGAACAUGACCAGAGUGUACUACAAAGAAGCCGUAGGUGCCUUCAUCGUUUUCGACGUGACAAGAAGCGCGACAUUGGACGCGGUAGUAAAAUGGAAACAGGACCUCGAUUCCAAGGUACAGCUUCCUGACGGAUCGUCGAUUCCGUGCGUGUUAUUGGCGAACAAAUGCGAUCAGCAGAAGGAAGGUCUGGUCAAUUCAUCCACCAAGAUGGAUGAAUACUGCAAAGAGAAAAAUUUUGCUGGCUGGUUCGAGACGUCGGCAAAGGAGAAUAUUAACAUCGAGGAGGCAGCCAGAUUCCUCGUGAACAAAAUAUUACAGAACGAUCAGAUGAUGAAAGGUAAUGGUGUCCAAGACCAAACAGAUGGCGAGCGGUUUACGUUGAAUCAAUCGCCAACGAGCUCCAGAAAGUCCUGCAACUGCUGACGAAUAGGUUCGCCGAACUCAAGUUCGAACUUUUGGUCACGACAUUCCACUCGUCAAUCCCAGUGUGUCUUCAUGGAUGCCAUGAGUAUCAUCAUGAUGUCUUACGCCUUGCCAUUCUUCGCAGUAGAAAACGUUUGCUUGUCUUCUCAAGUGAGAAACUAUUCGACAUUGUUCUUUUGAACGUAACUCGGGCCUAUCAAUUUCACUCGUUUGAUAUCUUCGAACAAUUUUCUAAAUAGCUUUAUAAAUGUACAGCAUAAGGCAGCCAUAGUUUAAGGAUAAUAGCUUAACGAAGUUUUAGAUAUUCCUAAAAGCAAUGCUUGAAAUGCAUUAACGAUUACGUUUUUAAAAAUUACAUUUCUUUUUAACAUAUUAAUGCGCCAUCGCAAUGAUGGAAUAGCGAUUCCGGAGUGACUCGAAAUCGAUUUUGCCUUAUAGUAUCGCGAUAUACCACGUACGUUUAUAAACAUAUUUUAUAUUAUUUCUAUGACAAUUGUAUUUUAUAUUAUGACGUGUAUUUUGCAUUUAUAUUACACUUGCAAUUAAAAGUCUCGAUGUUGAUCAUGCGAAUGCGAAAAGCUUCCAUUUCUGCAUCUAUUUAAAUUUUCUCUUCAUAUAAAAACUUGUUUUAAUUCCAAUAUUACCCAUGUACGUGUAUUCAGGUAUUGAAUUAAUACAAGUAGAUUUAUACAAUAUCAUUUAUAUCCCGCUCGAAACCGUGUGAGUGAUUACUACUUGUAAUUGUUCUCGUGCUGUUAAUAGCAAGAAUAUUAUACAUUAUUGUUGUACAGUAAAAAUUCCUGAUAUUUAUUGUUACUUUGUUCAUACAUAUACGAUGUGAAUUUGAUAAAGAGAAACAUGUCAUAUGUUUUUAAUUAUCUUGUUGUUGAGCCGCCAAUAACAUAUCCGUACUUCCACUGAUUAUGCAUUUCCCUGUUUCUCUUACUGAUUAAAUUCAACUGUCGACAAUGUUGUGCCUUCGUUCGCACAAUCGCAGUUAAUUACUCGAGGCAGCUGAUUGUAAUUAGAGCGUCAUGUUGCGUCCAACGACCGUUUUACAUAAUGUACGUUUCAAUAGAUUUAUCGAUAGCGUUACAGCGUGCGGAGUAAAAUCCAGGACAAAAAUAAAGCAGCGAAUAUGAAAACUCAGGAUCGUUAGCGAGCGAUGCAUUGUUCUCGAUUCCAGAAUGCAGGAGGAUGCAGAUGCAUGCGUAAUGUUCUUGAUUUAUGUAGGUUUACGUACGGGAGGAUACGCGAAUUAGCGAGUAAAGCAUGUACAUCGACAGAACUAUGUAUGUACGUAUACUUUACUGUAAAUAAUUCUCAGAUUUUACAUGCUAUUGACUUUUCUCACAUUUUUCGAGCGACGUGCGCUCGCAUGCGUUUGCACUUUUAUAUAAUACGAUUUGUAUAAUGCGGCGCGUAUCGUUAUCGCAGAGAAAAUUGUAGAUAUAUAUAUAUUAUAUGUUAUUGUUUGCGGAUAAUUAUGAACUUGCUAUUAAUAUUUAAUAAUAAUAAUAGCAACACACCCCUGUAUAGUUCUCUAAUUCUUUUUGUAUAGAGGCAAUAACAUAGAUGCGACGCAAUAUUUAAUUGUAUUAAAUUGAUUUAUAUC